GCCCCCCAGCGUGGUGCGUCUCCUACAGCUGUAUCUCUAUGGUAACGACUGCAGCUUUCCCGCGGCUGCAAGCAGAAUGGCGACUGGGGGGCUGGGAGAUAGUGGCGGCUACUACUUCAGAUACAUGCCUCAGAGACCCUUCCCGUCCCUGAGCUCCCGAGAGACCACCAGCCGGCUCCGCCAGUGGUCCAUGCUGGGCAGAAUCCAGGCGCAGGCGUUCAGUUUCGACCAGAAGUUCCAGCCCUACCAGAAGGAUGAUUUUGUCAUGGCUUUUUUCAAAGACCCAAAUGUUAUUCCAAAUUUGCAGUUACUCUCAAAUUCUUCCGGACAGUGGACCAUAUUAGGAACUGAAGUGAAAAAAAUUGAAGCUAAAAAUGUUCCAUGCACACAACUUUCAAUGUCAUUUUUCCAACGGUUAUAUGACGAAAAUAUUGUACGAGAAAGUGGACACAUUGUCAAGUGCUUAGAUUCUUUCUGUGAUCCGUUUCUCGUUUCAGAUGAACUAAGAAAAGUUUUGCUCAUUGAAGACUCUGACAAAUAUGAAGUCUUCAGCCCGCAGGAGAGGGAAGAAUUUCUGUUCUGUCUUUUUAAGCAUCUCUGCCUCGGAGGGUCCCUUUGUCAGUAUGAAGAUGUGCUUAAGCCGUAUCUGGAGACUGCAAAGCUGAUCUAUAAGGAUCUGGUGAGUGUUCGGAAACAUCCUCGAACCAAGGAAAUACAAAUUACCUCUUCUGUCUUUAAAGUGAAAGCCUAUGACGCCGUCGGUGUGUGCUACCCGUCAGCUACUGAACAUGAGCAGACGUUCUCAUACUUCGUUGUGGACCCCAUCAAGCGCCACGUGAAUGUCUUGUAUCAUUGCUAUGGUGUAGGGGAGAUGACUUAGUGUUGCUCAGACCAUCGGUCAGCACUGCCCUUAGUUCUCUGUGUCCCUGUUUCAGCACUGAUGGGUGGAUAGAUUCGGUCUUCACAGAACAAUCAAAGACAACUGUAAAAAGCCUGUCUGAGGCUGAAGAAAGCAACACUAAUGUGCCUUUUUUCUAAAUUUGCCCAGCAUACUCAUGUAGUGAUCCCUGAUGGAACCUGUACAAAGCAUAAAGUUAUAAGUUCAUGUCUGUUCUAUCAAGGCACAGCCACAUUCUUAACUUCCUAUUUUUUAAAAUUGUUUUUAGUUUUUUGAGGAAAUGUCUCAUGUAGCCCAGGAUAGGUGAGCCUUGAACUCAGUAUGUAGCUGAGGCUGGAUCUUGCACUCCUGAUCUUCUUGCCUCUACCUCUUGAGUGUUGGGAUACAAACAUGUACCACCAGGCCUGGCUCUAUGUGUUUUUUGUUUGGGAAGCUAAUUAAUUCUGGAUUAGAAUGGAAACAUUAAAAACCACCUUCACCACCAGUCAUUUGAUGUGAAUUAAUAUGGUUUUAAAACUUCAGUUCAUGUAAUUACAUUUUUAUCAUUGCAGAAAGGUUUAUGUCUUGCUGGCAUGAUAGCACAUGACUUCAGUCCCAGCACUUGGGAGGCAGAGGCAGUGGAUUUCUGUGAGGUUGAGUCACCUUGGUCUACAGAGCAAGUUCCAGAAUAGCCAGGCUACACAGAAAAGCCCUGCCUUGAAAAAUAAAAACAGAAUUCUUUUGCUUCAUCUUUUCCUCUUAAAUUCUCAAUUAAAAAUAAUUGUAAAUAAUUUUUACAUAAUGAAAUUGUAUCUACACAGGCAGGCAGGCACGCGCACACACAUACACAUACACACAACUAAUAAGAAAAAAGCCAGGCAUGGUGGCUCACAGCUGUAAUCCAGUACUAAGGCAUGGUUGCCAUGAGUUUGAGCCCAGCCUAGGGCACACAGUUAACUAAAGUAUGACAAAACAGUAAAGAUAUCACAGAAAGAAUAGGAUUAGACUCCGAAUCCCAGUGGACCAGAAAUAUGGCUUUGUGACUACGAGCACUGACUGCUCUUCCCGAGGGUGCUCUUUCAUAUGGCUCGUGUUAAAUUCCCAGCACCCACAAGGCAACUCACACUCUAUGAAACUCCAUUUCCAGGGGAUCUGACAAAACACCAAUGCACAUAAAGUAAAAAUAAAUUUUAAAAAAAUAAUUUUAAAUUCUUAUUAUGUAACAUUAAAACCCUGCCACACAAUGUCUAAUUGAUACAUAGUGGUGAUACAUAUAUUAUGUGGUACCUGGAGGUUGUUACUAAUACUGGAACCCAGCAUUCUGUGUGUGGUACCUGACAGCAGGCCAGAGGGAGUGGCAGCACUUGUCAGAGCAGUGGCAUCUUCUUUCCCCAUCUCCUGAGGUACCACCUCAGGUACCUCACCCAAAGCCACCUGCUGCCAGGAAGGCCUUCCCGUCCUAAGCCAUGGAUCCAAUGCAGGGAAAAGGUGGUGGAAAAAACCCACUAAUCCUUGAGCAGGAAAAUCCACCAAUCCCUGAGCUUCCCACAGAACCUCACCAAUUCUCAUUCUGGAAAUCUCUCCUCUGAAAAGCUGCUUCCUAAGAAAUCCAGUAUAAGCCAUGUUCAUUAUUCAACUUGCUGCCACUUCUCUCAGGAGCAGAGGCAGCCACUCCUGGAUUCUCCCUUCCUAAUAAGUCUCUCUGAGGUUUGCUGUAUGUUGUGACUUCAUGGAGCUGUAACAUUUUCACCAGAGCAGAGUGGAGCAGAACUGUUACAGUCUUCCUAGGGAAGGCCUUCCUCAACAGAGCAGAGUAACACUUCUGCAGGGCAAGCCUUUUCCUUCAGAACUCCUGUACUUACACUAAGCAUGCUAGGCUAUUGCUCUAGUCACUGUGAUCUGUCAGUACAAGGCCUUGUGUAGCGCAGUCCGGCCUCAAACCUGAUAUGUAGCCGAGUAUGACAUUGUACUCUUGACUCUCCUGCCUCUACAGCCCAAGUGCUGGGAUUACAAUUAUAAGCCACCAACAACUGUCUACUUAUUGAAUUUUUAAUUCCGCCACUAUUUAUUCUGUGAUCCUGAAAUAUUUAGCCUUUUUCCUUAGUUGCUUUUUCUAUAAAAUAGAGGAAAUAAUAAGAUUCCUUCAUAAAUUGUUUUGAAACUUAUAAAAAUUAAAACCUAUCUCAGAUGUACAAUGCUACCAAGUUUAAGGCUGCAUUUAUUCUCAAUUAGGGAAAUACAAAGAACUGAGAAGCUAAGUUAUCUGUUGGCUUCCUUGGGGUCAGAAUUGCUUUUCUUCAAAUUACUAUUACUUAGACUAUCAUGUAAGCAAAGGGAAUAUUGUUGCAUCUCUCCCUGGACCCAGAGGGUAUAAACUCCUGAGUGAACCUGUAAACCAAACAUACAGUUAUCUUUUUUUUUUUUUUUAUGUGUAUAAGCAUUUGCCUGAAUUUUUCUCUGAGUACUGUGUGCAUGCCUACCACUCAAGGAGGCCAGAAGAAGCUGUCAGGUCCCCUACAGUGUAAGUCUUGACAGUGUACUGACAAUAAGUGUAAGCUCUUGACAGUGUAACUGCCAUGUGGGAACUGGGAACUGACCCUGGGUCCUCUGCAGGAGCAGCAGAGCUCUUGACCCUUUUGGCAUAUUUGGACUAAGCUAUUUUAAUGCACUGAUUUGUUUAAGAUUUAUUUAUUUUAAGAUUUUAUCUUAAAAACAGGGUCUGUGGGGCUGGAGAGAUGGCUCAAUGGUUAAGAGCACUGUCUGCUCUUCCAAAGGACUCAGGUUCAAUUCCCAGCACUCAUAUGGCAGCUCACAACUGUCUGUAACCUCAAUUCCAAGGGAUCUGACACCUUGACACUACUG